AUGGCCAAUCCGUACGGUACCUUGAACGCUGUCGCGAAACACGCUGACCCUUCCAGUUUUACCUCAGCAUGGCGCUCCUUUUGGCAUACAAUGACCUCCUACGACCGACACGCUUCCCACGAUUCUCCCUACAGAACAGGACAACAUGUGCCCGUUAGCCAAAGCCGCCAUGCUCCCUUGACCUCGGUCGCAACAAGUGCCGCCGAAUCACACCAAGAUCUUUCAGUCACCUACCAAGAUGAAUCCAAACGAGGUUCUAUUUCCUCAUCACAACUGGCAGGAUCUCCCGCCAGACCGUACUCUCCGGGCAUGCGUUCAAUGUCGUCGCCAAAAGUUCCCAACGUGGAAGAGGUGAUAUCUCCUGGUGAGAUACAGAUGCAGAACUUUGCUGAUGGUGCUCCACCUCCACCUCCGCCAGCACAUUCAUGGAAGAAAAUCGAUCGAUGGGCAGAAUUGAACUACGAAGAACUCUGGGAUCAACUUGGUGGAGCAUGCACACAGAAUGAUAUCAACGAGCUAGAACACGAACUUGACAUGACAUUACCCCAGGACGUACGCGAAUCCCUAAGCAUCCACGAUGGCCAAGAACGCGGUGGCCGACCUACAGGCAUCCUCUUCGGAUGCAUGUUACUGGACUGCGAAGAAAUUGUACAAGAGUGGAAGAACUGGAAAAUCGUCAACGAAGAAUAUUUGAGUGGUGGUAAAAGCAAAUCCUACAGCUCGAAAGGUCAGAGUAACGGCUCUGCUUCGUCGUCCAGCCAAUCCCAAAACAACAAUCGUUUCUGGAGGCAAGACCUCCUGGACAGACAAGAGUCACAGCCACCCAAAGCCAUUCAGAAAGCAUAUGCUCACCCUAGUUGGAUUCCUCUUGCCAGAGACUGGGGUGGCAACAACAUUGCAGUUGACCUUGCUCCUGGUCCUAUGGGCAAAUGGGGCCAAGUCAUUCUAUUUGGACGCGAUUAUGACUGCAAAUACGUGGUUGCGCGAUCAUGGGCUCACUUCUUAGCUACCGUGGCCGACGACCUAAGCACUGAGAAGGUCCAUGUGGAUGAAGACACUGGAGAAUUAAAAUUGAAGGAGUUCAAGACUGAAACUGUCGAACCACCUUACAUGGACAUUCUUCGCUGGCGUGCGGAUCAGAGAUAUGGACGACGAGGACCCAAGCGGAGACCGCAGCCUGCUGGUCUGAACACGAACGUAGUCCAACAAAAUGGACGACACUCACCAUAUAGCAGCCCGGCUAUGGGCACGGAGGACCGUGGUCGAUCACCACAGAGAUUCUCCCGAGGACCUACAGGCAGCCCAAGACACGCGGUUGGAAGCCCACUGGCUCGUGUACAGGAGGAAAUUGCGCAGCCACAACCCGUACGACCAGGCGGCGAUGUUGUGCGAGAUUUCGCCCAAGUUAUCGAGAAUUCGAAUGAGGGCAAAAAGCGGGAGAAGCUUGUGGAAGCCCCAACACCAAUUGAGACCAAAAUUGCCAGCAUUUCCAGAGACGGUGACAAGCUCGUCGACGCACCAACGCCAGCUUCGUUAAGGAGUGUGGAUUCGGACUUCGCUCCAAAACGGAUCAGCAGAAUAUUGACAGCAGGCAACCAGCCCAAAGAUUUGCCCUCGCAAGCGCAACCCAGGGACGAAGUGAAGGGUUUGGGGGUGGAUGGGAUUGAGGAGGAAAUGAAGACGGUGACAAUUUAA